AUGGUGAGAGGCAAUGUAACCAGAACCUCAGAAUUCUUCCUCCUGGGACUGUCAGGGAUGCCUGAACAUCAGCCUGUCCUCUUCAGCUUGUUUCUGUUCAUGUACCUGGUCACCAUUGUGGGGAACCUGCUCAUCAUCCUGGCCAUCAGCUCUUCUCCCACCCUCCACAGUCCCAUGUACUUCUUCAUAGCCAGUCUGUCGUGUGUUGACAUCUGCUUCACUUCCGUCACUAUACCAAAGAUGCUGAUAAACAUCCAAACCCACCGCCAGUCUAUCUCCUAUGUCGGGUGCCUCACUCAGAUGUAUUUUCUAAUUUUGUUUCUAGAACUAGACAAUGUGCUAUUGGCACUCAUGGCAUAUGACAGAUUUGUAGCCAUAUGUCAACCUCUGUACUACACCACAAUCAUGAGCCCCCAGUUUUGUAUCACUUCGGUGUCUGUGGCUCUGCUUGUCACAAACAUCUAUCCCUUGGUCCACACCCUCCUCAUGGAUACAUUGUCCUUCUGUGCACAUGUCAGAAUUCACCAUAUUUUCUGUGAGCUCUAUGCAUUGUUGAAGCUUUCCUGCUCAGACAUCCACACCAAUGAGCUGGUUGUUUAUACCUUAGGGAGUGUUCUUUUUGUCAUCCCCUUCUUCUUUAUUUCUCUGUCAUAUAUGCACAUUUUCUCAGCCAUCCUCAGACUGCAUUCUUCCCAGAGCAAGCUGAAGGCCUUUUCAACAUGCAGUUCCCACCUCGCAGUGGUGUCCCUGUUCUAUGGGGCCCUCUUUGGGGUAUAUCUGCGCCCUUCCUCCUCCUAUACCAUUGAGGAUUCCGUGGCCACGGUGUUAUAUGCAGUGGUGGCUCCUAUGCUCAAUCCCUUCAUUUACAGCCUAAGGAAUAAGGACAUGAAAGGGGCCCUAAGAAGUCUCCUGUGCCACAGG